UCGAACUCGAUCGCUCUCAGUAAAGUCACAUCUGCUCAUGAUCAGGUGCGGACGAUGCGAACUGUAAUUUUACUCCAUGAUUUCACCGAAGAUGGUCGCGGCACACAGCUCCAGCCACGCGUCUGCUUCUGCUGAGUGGAUCAUCUGUCUGGACAAGAGACCAGAGGAGCGUUCGGGUGAGGAUGUGGACAUUAUCUUGGCCCGUCUGAAAAGUGUGAAGGCCUUUGAUAAGUUCCACCCUGCUCUACUUCAGCAGAUCUGUCUGUGUGGCUUCUAUGAAUGUCUGGAGAAAGGCAUCACAUUAUACAGGCAGGGUGACAUCGGCACUAACUGGUACACUGUCCUAUCUGGUUCUCUGGAUGUCAAAGUCUCAGAAACAGCAAACCAUCAGGAUGCUGUCACCAUCUGUACUUUGGGCAUCGGCACAGCUUUCGGGGAGUCAAUUCUCGACAACACGCCACGGCACGCCACCAUUGUCACCAGAGAGUUCAGCGAACUACUGCGAAUUGAGCAGAGGGAGUUUAGGACCCUGUGGGAGAAUUAUCGUCAGUGUAUGGCUGGUCUACUGGUCCCUCCCUAUGGUGUUAUGGAGAGUGUCUCAAAUGCUGACAGAAUGCCCGACAAAGAGAAUCUGAGCAACAGUUCUUCCGGAUCAUCAACCAAACACUUAAAUAAGAAAUCAUUCAUUCAAAGUCCCACCAAACAUCACCCCAAAUCCAUUACUCAGGUGCCAUCAGAAAAGAUCCUACGGGCAGGUAAAGUGUUACGAAACACCAUCUUGUUCCGGGCACCACAAAUGAUCAGAGACAGGAAGUACCACCUAAAAACAUACAGGCGGUGCUGUAUGGGCACAGAGCUUGUUGAUUGGCUGAUGCAGCACACUUCCUGUGUGCACUCUCGUGUUCAGGCUGUGGGGAUGUGGCAGGUGCUGCUGGAGGAGGGAGUCUUAAACCACGUGGACCAGGAGCUGAGUUUCCAAGAUAAGUAUCUGUUUUAUCGCUUCCUGGACGAUGAGACAGAGGAGGCACCCCUCCCCAAUGAGGAAGAGCAGAAAGAGAGUGAUGAAGAACUGCAGGACACCCUGCUGCUCCUCUCUCAGAUCGGACCUGACGCCCAUCUGCGAAUGAUCCUGCGGAAACAGCCUGACCAGAGGACAGUAGAUGACCUGGAGAUCAUUUACGAGGAGCUGCUACAUAUUAAAGCCUUAUCACAUCUCUCUACCACUGUGAAGAGGGAAUUAGCUGGUGUUCUAAUAUUUGAGUCACAUGCAAAAGCAGGCACAGUGUUGUUUAAUCAAGGGGAAGAGGGGACGUCAUGGUACAUCAUUCUGAAGGGCUCCGUUAACGUGGUGAUCUAUGGAAAGGGUGUAGUUUGUACAUUACACGAGGGAGAUGACUUUGGGAAGCUGGCUCUGGUGAAUGAUGCCCCCCGGGCAGCAUCUAUCGUACUGAGAGAGGACAACUGCCACUUCCUGAGAGUGGACAAGGAAGACUUCAACAGAAUCCUCAGGGAUGUGGAGGCGAACACGGUCCGUCUGAAGGAACAUGAGGAGGAUGUGUUAGUUUUGGAGAGAAGUAACAACAGGAGCUCCAGCUCUUCUCCUCUCAAGUACACUGUGAUGUCAGGAACUCCAGAGAAGAUUCUGGAACAUCUUCUGGAGACAGUGAAACUUGAUUCCCAAUUCACAGAGUCAGAUCCUGCUCUGGAUGACUUUUUGCUUAUGCACUGUGUUUUUGUCCCAAACAGUCAGCUGUGUCCACUGCUUGAGGCCCACUAUCACGCUCAGGCAUCUCAGGGCAGUGAACAGGAGCAGAUGGAUUACACUCUCAAUAACAAGCGCAGGGUGAUUCGUCUGGUGUUACAGUGGGCCGCCAUCAACACAGACCACCUACAGGAGGAGGACAGCUCCUUCAACUUCCUCCAGGAGUUUUAUGAGACAGUGUGUGAAGAUUCCAGACUCAUUCCAGCUCUGAAAGAUCAACUGCCUGAACUAGAGAAGAUCAUAAAGCAAAAUCUCGAUGAUGGCCUGCCCUCUCAGAAAAAGCACAAAGUCCUGCUGCGUCAGUUCAGCACCGGGAACGACAGACUGCAGAAGCGACAGCCAAUCAAAAGCACAGAUGAGAUCCUCUUUAAGGUGUACUGCAGUGAUCACACCUACUCCACUAUCCGAGUGCCUGUUGCUGCGUCUGUCAGAGAGGUCAUCUCCGCGGUUACCGAUAAGCUGGGGUCAGGCGAUGAGCUUCUUCUCAUCCACCUCAGCUCCGCUGGAGAUAAAGAGCUUCUAAAGCCAUCUGAUGUGUCCAUCUUCUCAUCUCUGAGUAUUAAUGGCCGUUUGUUUGUCUGCUCGAGGGACCAGAUCGACACUUUGACUCCACUGCCAGAGCAGGAGGGGCCGUCUGCAGGGUCCAUGUCCACGUUUGAACUCAUGAGCUCUAAAGAUCUGGCUCAUCAGAUGACUCUCUAUGACUGGGAGCUCUUCGACUGUGUACAUGAGCAUGAGCUGAUCUACCACACGUUUGGCCGUCAGCAUUUCAAGAAGACCACGGCUAAUCUGGAUCUGUUCCUGCGGCGGUUUAAUGAGGUGCAGCUGUGGGUGGUCACAGAGGUUUGUUUGUGUCCCACGCUCAGCAAACGUGUCCAACUGCUCAAGAAGUUCAUCAAGAUCGCAGCGCACUGUAAAGAGUUUAAGAAUUUGAACUCAUUCUUUGCCAUUAUCAUGGGCCUGGGAAACCCUGCGGUCUGUCGACUCAGUCAGACAUGGGAGAAACUGCCCAGCAAGUUCAAGAAGUUUUAUGGAGAGUUUGAAAACCUGAUGGAUCCCUCCAGAAAUCACAGAGCGUAUCGACUUACAAUGGCCAAGUUAGAACCACCGAUCAUCCCAUUCAUGCCUUUAUUGAUUAAAGAUAUGACUUUCACACAUGAGGGGAACAAGACAUUUACUGACAGAUUGGUCAACUUUGAGAAAAUGAGAAUGAUUGCUAACACAGUCAGAAUCAUGAGAUACUGCCGAAGUCAGCCAUUCAAUCAAGAAGCACCACAGGUGACUGGUAAAAGCCAUCAGGAUGUGCGGAGCUAUGUGCGUCACAUCGGUGUGAUUGACAACCAGCGCACCCUAUCACAGCUGUCCCACAGGCUCGAGCCGCGCCGGACCUGAUUCUAUACAACUACUAGAUCAGUGCUGCUUUACCUCUGCCAGUGAAUAAGCUAGCUGUGUGAACAGAUCCUUCCUCUCCUGCGGCGUAUACACACAGUACAGUCGAACAUGCCUUGGCACAAGGGCUUUCCAUUCUUUGGCUGGUUGUGUGAAAUUGUGGCUUCAUUUCAGUGUGCAGCUGCAGGAUGUUUGGACCUCUGUUUAUGACCUUUAAUAUUCUGCCACAGAUAAGAUGUUGCCCCUUACUUUCAGAUUGUGUUUCUUAACAGUCUGACACAUGGUGUGUUUAGAAUUUGGAAUCAUCAAGUUUCUUUCAAAGAGUGUUCUGUGGAAGCUUUUUGAGACUCUUUUUAUGCUUUGAAAGAGAUUCUGAGAAUGUUGUGUUUAUGUUGGUCUUACACUACCAUUUAAAAAUUUUGGGUCAGUAAGAAUAUUUUUUUUUCUUCUUUUUUUUAAAGAGAUGAAUAUGUUUAUUCAGCAAGGAUGCAUUAACUUGAAAGUGAAGAAAAAUCUAUUUUAAAUAAAUGCUGUUCUUUUGAACUUAAUCAAAGAAUCCUGGAAAAAAACUGUUUUCAACAAUGAUAAUCAUAAAUGUUUCUUGAGCAUCAAAUCAUCAUAUGAUUUGAUCAGUGAUUUCUGAGGGAUCAUGUGACACUGAAGACUGGAGUAAUGAUGAUGAAAAUUCAGCUUUGAUCACAGGAAUAAAUUACAUUUUACUAUAUAUUCACAUAGAAAACAGUUAUUUUAAAUUGUAAUAAUAUUUCAUAGUUUUUACUGUAGUUUUGGUCAAAUAAAUGCAGCUUUCAAGAGCUUUCAUGACGUCUUUCAAAAACAUUAACCCCAAAAUUUUAAACGGUAGUGUAUAUCAAUCAUAAAGCAUUUUGAAUUUCAAAUUUUCGAAUUUCAAAUUUUUUUCUAUUUCUUUUUUGGACUGGAUGUAAAUUAAAGAUAUUUAACUUAAGCAUAAAAUUAAGCAUGAAGUUAAAAAACUAACUAAAUGGUGAACUGAGAACAUAUGAGCACAUUUUGAAAACCUAUUGGUGGCUUGUCUGCAAAUUUUGUGUGUAUUGUGUAAAUAAAACCAUCAUAAGAUGCA